UGUACUCCACCCCAGUAUCGUAUCAUACUUCAAUCAGAAUGGAAGUCAAUCUGCUAUACGCGGGAGUACUGGUUGCGAUUGUUGCUUACCUGUACCGUUGGAUAACGCGCAACAAUGACUACUUCCACGAUAAACCGAUUCCGUCGAUGGCCGUUAGACCGUUCCUUGGGUCCACGGGGUCUCUCCUUCUACGCAAAGUUGUCUUCCAGGAUUUUAUCCAAUCAAUAUACAACAAAUAUCCCGGAGUAAAAGUCUUCGGCACGUUCGACACGAUCACGCCGUUCUUCGUGAUCCGCGACCCGGAGUUGAUCAAACAGAUCGGAAUCAAAGACUUCAAUCAUUUCGUCGAUCAUCGUCCGACAUUCGGUCUGGACGACGAUCAUUCGGAACACCCGAAGGCGCUGUUCCGGAAGACGCUGGUCGCGAUGACCGGUCAGCGUUGGAAGGAGAUGCGAGCGACACUGAGCCCGGCCUUCACGGGGAGUAAGAUGCGUCAGAUGUUCUCGUUGAUGGGCGAAUGCUGCGACGAAAUGAUGAACCACUAUCUGGAUUUGGCCAAGGGUACGGGAAGGGUGGAAGUCGAAAUGAAGGAUUUGCUGAGCCGGAUCAGUAUCAAUGUGAUUGCUUCGUGUGCGUUCGGGAUUAAGGUGAAUUGCUUCAAGGAACAGCAGCACGAGUUCAUGUACCAUGGGCAGAAAAUGAUGGGUUUCUCGCGGCCGAUUGUAAUUACGAGGAUGAUGAUGAUGCGAAUUUUUCCAAAGUUUGCUGCUAGAUUUGGAAUUGAUCUGCUGGACCGAGAGCAAGCCGAUUAUUUUACGCGCGUUUUGCAGGAGACGAUAAAAGCUCGUGAAAGUAAAGGAAUCGUUCGACAUGACAUGAUAGAUUUGUUGCUGCAGGCUCGCAAGGGCAAUUUGAAGCACCAGGAAGAGAAGGAUGAUCAGGAGGGGUUCGCUACCGUUCAGGAGUCCGACAUGGGCAAGGUGGAAGUUACGAAGAAUAUGACGGAAGCGGAAAUGAUCGCGCAGUGUUUGAUAUUCUUCCUGGGUGGGUUUGACACGGUGUCUUCCUGUGCCAUGUUAACGGCAUACGAGUUGCUUCGCAAUCCAGAUGUGCAACAGAAGCUUUACGAAGAGAUUCUACAGACCGAAAAGGACCUCGGCGGAAAGCCAUUGACUUACGACGUACUGCAGAAGAUGAAGUACAUGGACAUGGUGGUGUCGGAAUCUCUGAGAAUAUGGCCCUUGGCACCAGCUACGGAUCGUUUGUGCACACAGGAUUACGUUGUUGAUGAUGGCCAGGGUUUAAAAUUUACGAUCGAUAAGGGAGCGUGCGUUUGGUUCCCUGCUGCCGGACUGCACUUCGAUCCACAAUAUUUUCCCAAUCCGGAGAAGUUCGACCCGGAACGGUUCAACGAUGAGAACAAGAAGAACAUCGACCCGGGAACGUAUCUUCCGUUCGGAAUUGGACCAAGAAACUGCAUUGGAUCGCGAUUCGCUCUGAUGGAAGUCAAAGCUUUUAUGUACUACAUUCUGCUUAAAUUUUCGUUCGUUAGAGGACCGAAAACUGAAAUACCGCUCCAACUGCGCAAGGGAUUUACCAAUGUGGGUGCGGAGAAUGGCGUGCACGUAGUGCUGAAGUUACGGUAAACAUCUUAUCUAAUCUAGACAGAUUAGAUGAGACUAUUGUAAGGUUUCAGUUCAUAUUACUAACACAUUUCCAUAUUAAAAGUAUUCGCAAAUAAAGGAUUCGUCUCAAUUUA